AUAUUUACCUUGUCAGCAGCAUGGUGUUUGCUUAUUGUGCGAGUGAUGUAUUUUAAAUUUCACUUAAAAGUAUUAAAUUAUGGAACUGACCUCUGCCAGAUCAACAUAUUAUGGUGACAUCGGUCACUGGGCAGACCGUACGCCGGUACAUGAGGCUGCGUCUCUGGGUCGCGCUCUGCAGUUACAGCAGCUGAUAGCAGCAGGAGCAUCAGUUAAUAUCGUGUCUGUGGAUAACUUCACACCUCUGCAUGAUGCCUGCAUCCAAGCCCAUCCCAACUGCGUUAAAAUACUGCUGGAGGCUGGAGCUCAGGUGGAUGUGCGCACCAUCCAUGGCAGUACUCCUCUGUGCCACGCUUGUGCUGCUGGCAGUAUAGAAAGUGUAAAGCUGCUGGUGGAUCACGGAGCAUCGGUCAACCCUUCCCUGACCGCCCUCACAGCUUCCCCCCUUCAUGAGGCCUGCAUACGAGGAAACCCAGACUGUGUGAAGCUGAUGAUAGCAAAGGGAGCGCUGCUGGAGGCCUUUGACAUUUACUUUGGGACACCCUUACAUGCUGCCUGUGCUAAAGCUCACUUUGACUGUGCCCUGUUGCUGCUCAAUGCAGGUGCAAAAGUGAAUGCCACAAAGUUCCAUGAGACGGCACUGCAUCAUGCGGCGAGAGCGGAGAGAGAGGAUCUGGUGGAGCUGCUGGUGGAGUUCGGUGGAGAUGUCAACAUAAGUGAUAACUUGGAUCAUAUACCUAGAGACUACACAAAGCCAGAUUCUCCUACUAAUCUUUGUCUUCUUCAAUAUGGCAGUAACCCUCUGUCUCUGCAGCAGCUGUGUCGUAUCAUCAUAAGGACUAUGGUGGGCACCAGAGCAAUGGAGCUGAUCCCCAAACUAGACAUUUCACAGCGCAUCAUUGAUUACCUCAUGUUUAAAUCAUUGAUCAGUUCUGAAUAGACUUGUGUAUUACAUUUUGUGGAGUCUUAAUUUUGCAAGAGACAGACAUCUAUUAAUUUUAAUGGUAUCUGGAUGCAGCAUUUAUGAUGCAAGCUGAGAUUGUGGGGUUUGGUGAGCGCAUUAAAAAGCAUUGGAUGCAACUCAGAUUGCACUGCACCGGGUCUGCAUCCAGACAUCUCUCAAUAAUUUACUGAAGCUGCUGUUUAUUUGAUUUAAUGCAUUAAUUUUAUUUGAAAUUUGGAAGAAAUGUUACAGAAUACAUUAUAUAAUACCACACAUAUUAACAUUUAACCCACAUAAUAUAUCCAGAAAAAUGUAGGUCUACAGUUUACAUAUCUGAAUAUGGUCCUAAGAAGUUGUUUGUAUUAAUAAUACUUCUUCUGAAUGUGCCACAUUGUCUUAUUAUAAUUAUUAAUAAAUAUAUGUUAUAAA